AUGCCUCAACUAGACUAUGAAGACCAAGUUGAAGAAAACCCAUGGCGCCCAGUGCGCAUGGUUUUAUAUAUGCUAUGGACCAUCCAUUUCUUCGUCUGCGCAUUCUCAACAGUUGGGUUUCUUGGAGAAUCCUUUGUGAAACCCUUUGAUCUACAUGUUGCUAUGAAUCUGAUCAGCAUCUUGACGAUAGAUGCAUUAUACGUCCGACAGAUGCAUUUAUACGCUAUGGGCCAACUCGAACCUCGCAAUGCAGCGCAUAUGCACAGUAUUCAAUGUGUGAUGGUCGCAUUAUUGAUGCUGGAGAUCUUUGUGAGAUCAUUGCACGAGAUGUUCGGAUUCCUCGUCUUCUUUUUCUGUGCCAUAUUUGCAUCGACCUUCUUGGUCCAACUCAGUGUGAGCCUUGGAGUGUUGUUCUUCAGCGUCCGCAAGACCGAGCGUAGCAUUCAAUUGCCUGUGCUCAACAACAAGGUCUAA